CUUUUUGCUCCCUGUACUCGUUUGACACUGGGCAUUAGAGCGCUGGCAAUGCCCUUGUUAGCGAGCAGGCUAUCUAAUGCCCCCAUCAGGAAAGAUGAAUUACAGUCUGUUUUGAAAGAAGAUCCUGAAUAUCUCAGUCUGCGCCUUUAACUGUUCACAGCGCUAUGUUACGAGCUGGAAGUGCUGUUGCCUGCGUGGCUUGCAGGAACCUCCUUCCUUCCAGGAUGGGGGUGAGGUUUCGCCUGCCUCUGCAGAAACUGCACCCUUUCUCUCGUGCCAUCCACCACCGCUACUCGUCUAACAGCAACCCCCAGAGGCCUCCUCACUGUACUUCUGCACGCCAUUACACGUCCCUGUCCAGGCUACCCAUGCGCCCACCCAAGUCUCGAUCGGGAGGCCACGGCUACCAGCAGCAGCGCUCCUUUUGGGUAGCCCGUCUGGCCGCUAGGCUGCUGAAGCUGCGCUACAUCCUGCUGGGCUCUGCUGUUGGAGGAGGAUACACUGCUAAAAAGACGUAUGAUGAGUGGAAGGACAUGCUUCCUGAUUUUAGCGAGUACACAUGGAUAGUGCCUGACUUUGUUUGGGAGAUGGCUGAAAAUAUUGACUUAGACAAGCUAGCCGCUGCUUUGCCUGAAAUGGAGGAGAUUGCGAAGCUGCUGCCAGACAUGGAGAAGAUUGGAGAGAACUUUACCUUCCUCAAAAGUCUUCUCUCCAGUGGUGUGGGUAGUGAAGUCAUUGGAGCUUCUGGUCUGCAUCUGUUGUUAGACACUUCAGGUGAUCCAACUUUGAAAGCAACUGAGAUCCAUUCGGCAACAGCAGCUGUCCCUGAGAGUGGUGACAAGCAGUUUAAGAAGCAGGGGCUGCUUGCCGAACUCAUUCUCAUUCAGCAACAGAUCCAGCAACAUGAAGAGGAGGUUCGGCGGGCGGCGGGCGCUAAUGCGCCUCCCCCACCGUCCCAACCCCGUCCCACCCAGGCCCCGAACCCCAGCCCCUCGCGCAAGACAUCAGAUAAAGAAAAAGUUGACCAACUUCAGGAAGAGCUACUUCGUACCCAGCUCAAGUACCAGCGAAUGCUAGAGCGACUGGAAAAGGAGAAUAAAGAGCUAAGAAAGGUGGUGCUGCAGAAGGAUGAUAAAGGAAUUCACCAGAGGAAAGUCAAGAAGUCUUUGAUUGACUUGUACUCUGAGGUCCUGGACAUUCUGUCAGAUUAUGACUCCAACUACAAUACCCAGGAUCAUCUCCCAAGGGUGGUGGUAGUUGGAGAUCAGAGUGCAGGAAAGACCAGUGUGUUGGAGAUGAUUGCCCAGGCCAGGAUCUUCCCUCGAGGAUCAGGCGAGAUGAUGACUCGGUCUCCAGUCAAGGUAACACUAAGUGAAGGCCCUCAUCAUGUAGCCAUGUUCAAAGACAGCAGCCGGGAGUUUGAUCUGGGGAAAGAGGAUGAUCUUGCAGCACUAAGGCGUGAGAUUGAGCUGAGGAUGAGAAAGAGUGUAAAGGAAGGCCAGACAGUCAGCCCAGAGACCAUCUCAUUAAGUGUAAAAGGUCCAGGCAUUCAGAGAAUGGUUCUGGUGGACUUGCCAGGAGUAAUCAGUACUGUCACUGCUGGUAUGGCUUUGGACACUAAAGAGACCAUCUUCAGCAUCAGUAAAGCAUACAUGCAAAACCCAAAUGCCAUCAUCCUCUGUAUACAAGAUGGCUCAGUGGAUGCAGAGCGCAGUAUAGUCACUGAUCUGGUCAGCCAGAUGGACCCUCAGGGCAAAAGGACCAUUUUUGUUCUGACCAAAGUGGAUCUAGCAGAGAAGAACCUGGCUAGUCCAAGCAGAAUUCAGCAAAUAAUUGAGGGCAAGCUGUUUCCUAUGAAGGCACUGGGCUACUUUGCUGUAGUAACUGGCAAAGGCAGCAGUAGUGAAAGCAUAGAUUCCAUUAAGGAUUAUGAAGAAGAUUUCUUUCAGAGCUCUAGGUUGCUGAGAGAAGGCAUGCUCAAGGCCCACCAGGUAACUACGAAGAACCUGAGCCUGGCUGUGUCCGACUGCUUCUGGAAAAUGGUUCGAGAAUCAGUGGAGCAGCAAGCAGAUGCAUUUAAAGCUUCCCGCUUCAACCUGGAGACAGAGUGGAAGAAUAACUACCCACGGUUACGAGAGCUAGACAGGAAUGAGCUCUAUGAAAAAGCCAAGAAUGAGAUCUUAGAUGAGGUGAUCAGCUUGAGCCAAGUCACACCAAAACACUGGCAAUCCAUUUUGCAGAAGAAGCUGUGGGAGAGAGUGUCCACACAUGUUAUUGAGAACAUCUACCUGCCUGCUGCACAGACCAUGGACUCGGGCACCUUUAACACCACAGUAGAUAUUAAGCUCAAGCAGUGGACAGACAAGCAGCUCCCACACAAAGCACUGGAGGUCGCAUGGGAAACGCUGCAGGAAGAGUUUGCCCGUUUCAUGGCAGAGUACAAAGGAAAAGAUCAGGAUGACAUCUUUGACAAGCUGAAGGAGGCUGUUAAAGAGGAGAGCAUUAAACGGCAUAAGUGGAACGAGCGAGCCAUGGACAGCUUGCGAGUGAUCCAGCACAAUGCUCUUGAGGAUCGCUCCAUCACGGACAAACCUCAGUGGGAUGCUGCUAUCCAAUUUAUGGAGGAGACGCUGCAUUCUCGCCUUAAAGACACUGAGUCAGUAAUCUCAGACAUGGUAGGGCCAGACUGGAAGCAGAGAUGGAUGAACUGGACGAAUCGCACAUCAGAGCAGCACGUCCGCAAUGAAACCAAAAAUGAGCUGGAGCGACUGCUGAAGUUGCACGAGGACCACACUGCUUAUCUUGCCAAUGACGAAGUCACCACUGUCCGCAAGAAUCUAGAGGCUCGAGGUGUCGAUGUGGAUCCUGUGCUGAUCAAGGACACGUGGCACCAACUCUACCGACGUCACUUCCUGCAGAAGGCUUUGUUCCACUGUAACCUCUGCCGACGAGGCUUCUACUAUUACCAGAGACACUUCGUAGACUCAGAGCUUGAGUGCAAUGAUGUGGUUUUGUUCUGGAGGAUCCAGAGGAUGUUGGGCAUCACAGCCAACACUCUCCGACAACAGCUCACCAACACUGAGGUACGGCGCUUAGAGAAGAACGUGAAAGAGGUGCUAGAGGACUUUGGGGAAGACACAGAGAAAAAAGUGCAACUGAUCACAGGCAGGAGAGUUCAGCUGGCUGAAGACCUUAAAAAAGUCAGAGAAAUCCAAGAGAAACUUGAAGCCUUCAUAGAAGCUCUUCACAAGGAGAAGUAGUGCCACAGAAACGCUGAAUGCCAUCAUGUCCUCACCCAGAAAAUGCACUGAUCACAGAAGAGCCGGUCUUGCUCUUUUUGCUGUGUAAAGGAUUGGCCUCCCUGCUUUCCUCCUCUGUUUUUAACCUUUCACUAAUUUAGUGCUCAGUCAUACUUCAUGCACAUAUACUUACACACACAUAAACACAGACACACACACUUAAGCCUCAGCAGAACUUUGCUUCCUUCUUUAAAAGCUGCCCCUGUAAAAAUAAGUCAAUUGCACAAGAGCCCCCUAUCUUUAACUGUGUUGAACAGCGGUGCCAGUCACAGCCAUACAUCCCUGUGCUUUAUUCUUUACUUCUGUAACACAGAACAGCUUCAUACUUAACUAAAGAGAGGUAUUGGAUAGAAAGAGCAAGAGACAAUGCGAGAGAGAGAGAGACAGACAGACAGACACAUGCACAUACACACAUGCACUUACGUCUGUGUCUUCUCCUCCUCCCUCGUUUCCAAUAAAUGAAGAUUUUGUACAGUUUUCAUUUUUUUCUUCAUUCUAGCCUUUAGUUUAUUAAUUGCAGUGAUGUUUAUGGAGAAGACACAUGGUUAAGCUCAUCUGUUGUUGAUUUGGCUGCUGAAGCGUCCCAAAUGGCUUUUAUCCUUCACUGCUGUGUCUUUUGUUCUCCUUGGCCAGCAGCUUCACUAUGGCCAAAGAGCCUCAUGUUCAUUUUUGUGACCCUAUGUACGCAAACCAUCGCCUAAAAAACUUUCCAGACACUUUCACGGUCUUCUCUACAGCAUAUCAGAGAUCCUGCUCUGACUUGCGGGAGCUGCACACAUUAAAUAGACCUACCAGAGUAAGCAGGGUCUUGUUGGAAGUCUCAUCUUCAGUAUUUAGCUCAUGAGCUACAUGUUUUUGAUUCAAAGCACUUAAAUUUGAUUUUAUUAUUGAUUUUGAUUUUCCCCAAAAUGACAGUGGAACUCCUACCUUCAAAUCCCUUUGAAAGGCUCCAUAAAGGAAAAAAUACAUUUAGUUGAUCUUAUUUUUCUGCUUUUAGGCCAUUUUGUUUUUGGCAUUUCACUGGAAAGAUCCUGUUUCGUCUCUCUUCUUCUACUUUGAUGAGAAUCUCUCCAGCGGCACCAUUCUCUGAAGCUAAAGGACUUGAUGUAUAUCUAACUGUAUGGCACUGUUCAGUCUUUCUAUAAGUCCUAGUCGUCCCCUCUUCUAAUUUAUACUCCCCCAAUACUUCACACUUAUUAAUAUUUAAUGACAUUUGUGCCGUUUACUCGGAUUUACUCGGAUUUUGUAAAAUCAAUUCCGGUGUCCUAACCGUCUGGGGAACGUUACAGACAGCUCAUAUGUAUAAAUGGGUAAAUAUACAUUGUGUACAUGUUAAUGUAGCUAAAAUCAUGGAUCUGUCAUCACAAACAAUGAGGGGGGGAGUGGGGUCAGAGUGUGAUGCUUGUAAAAGUAAUAUAUCCAUUGAAAUAGGUUGAAUUUCUGUUCUUCUUUGUUGUAGAUUGUAAUGUUUGCAUGUUGUAUGCCAUCAAAUGCGGUUUAUUUAUUAAACUGGUGUUUAAAAGAAAGUAAAAUAAAAUGGAUAUUAAUAAUGUAAUGCUUCAGUUAUAGCUGGUAAAAUGAACAAUAGGCAACAUUUCUGAAUAUUGUCUACCUCUUUUUACAGUUCAAAGCACAGUUUAGCUGCUACCAUUAAACAUUAAACAUUUGUGAACGUGUGCUGAGAGCUUCAGCGUCUAAAACUGCAGCUGUGUUUCUGGAUGCAGGUUAUGACUGUUUUGCUGCAGAAACAUUUAGGAUGACCUUCCAUUUGCCACUCUUCACUGUUCAAAUAAAUUUAAAUGUUACAGUCUAUAA